GUGUUGUAAAGUUGGAUCGCUCGUGUGUGUCUGUGCGCGCUCUCGCUCGCGUGUCUGUGUUUAUUCAGUGGUCGUCAGCAUGUGGAGCGCGAGGACGCUGCGGCAGGUUAUGGUGACAGGAUCAAACCUUCAUCUUCAUCAUCAUCGUCAUCAUCACUUGUCUGCGGGAAUCAUCGGAGCACCGUUCUCUAAGGGACAGCCCAGAGACGGCGUGGACCGAGGACCGGACGCGAUCAGAGCCGCGGGUUUGCUGCUCAAACUGCAGCAACAAGGUUGUGCAGUGAAGGAUUAUGGGAACCUUGAGUUUGAGGACGUGUUUGAGGACCCGCCCGUGGGUCGGGUGAAGCGUGCGAGGGCGGUGGGCGGCGCCAACCAGAGGCUGUCAGAGGCGGUGCAGGCGGUGAAGAGGGACGGACACACGAGUGUGAUGCUGGGAGGAGAUCACAGCCUUGCGAUCGGAUCCAUCCACGGUCAUGCGGCGGCCGUUGGAGAGUUGGGCGUGGUUUGGGUCGACGCCCACGCCGACAUCAACACCCCACUGACCACGCCCACCGGAAACAUCCACGGACAGCCCAUGUCGUACCUGCUGCGUGAGCUGCAGUCCAAGAUUCCCGUUCUUCCGAACUUCUCCUGGAUCAAAGCGUGCGUUUCCGCCAAAGACGUGGUCUACGUGGGUUUGAGGGACGUGGAUCCGGAGGAACAUUUCAUCCUGAAGACACUGGGAGUGAAGAUGUUCUCCAUGUCACAGGUAGAUCAGCUCGGUGUCGCCAAGGUCAUGGAGGAAACAUGUGACUACCUUUCUGCCAAAGUGAAGAAACCGAUUCACCUCAGUUACGACAUCGAUGCCAUCGACCCCUCUGUUACCCCCGCAACGGGAACACCAGUGCGGGGAGGACUGACUUACCGAGAGGGCGUGUACAUUACGGAACACUUGUGUCAGACAGGUCUCCUGUCGGCGGUCGACCUGGUGGAGGUGAAUCCUCUGCGAGGUCACGGCGAGGACGGCGUGACCUCCACAGUGGACACGGCGGUCGCCCUGCUGCUCGGCUGCUUCGGACGACUUCGCGAGGGAAACCACUCGUCCGAUUAUCGUCUGCCCGAACCAUGAGCGGGGCCACGCCCACAUGGUACUGCGCACACGCACACCUGCGCGUGACGUCAGUGAACGACAUGUUUAAAACCAAAGAUGUGACGUCAACAGUCGACCUGUUUAAGAUAAAUGGCGUUUUAUUAACUAUAAACAUUUUAGAACUUAUAAACUUUGUAAAACUUGAUAUUAACAAAAAAGAUCAAAUUUUGACGUGAUUUUUUGUUUCACAUUCUAAUAAAUGCUUUUAAAACAUUAGCAAAGAUUGUCAAAGCAUACUUUUUUAUUGAAAUAAAAGCUUAAUGUCGUCUUAAAGAUCAUCAAAUGAUAGCUAAGAUUUAGACAAAUAACUGAUUACCCAAACAUUAGCAAGAGUCAAACAUUGAUCCGAAAGUUAGCUACGAGUUGAUUGUGAUUGUAAGUUUACUAAAGUUUAGCAAAUGAUCCAAAAGAACCUUAAAGAUUCGUUAACCAACAAUAAUCACAUACAUUUAAAGUUAUUUUUUAAGAAAUAACAAAUUCUACUAAAUAAUUAGCUUUUAAAAUUUUUACAAGAUUUUUACGAGACGUUUUUUGAUGUCAUUUUAAUCUGCGACUUUGUUUAUAACAAAUUUGACGUAUGAAAAAAGUUAAUGAUUAAACUUUAUUGGUGUGUGUGUGUUCAACAUCAAAAUAAAUACAAAUUUGUAUCAAUAAAGUUUUUUCGCUGAGUACUGUUGGUUGUGUCAGGUGAGACAAAAAAAUGAUGAGUCAUGAAACAGAGGUGACUGUUUCAUGACUCAUCGUUUUUUUUCUCUCUGAAGUGUUUGGAAAAGUUUUUCAAAAUAAAAGCAGGUGAUUAAAUCUGAA